AUGGAAAAAGGCAGUGGAGGAAUUGAAGAGAUAGGAGAGGAGGAUGUAUUCUAUUCUAUUCUAGAAUGUUCAAGUCUUGUUGAAGGUAAGGAACUUGAAACUGAAAGAGAAUUGGCUGAUUUAACGUUUCUGUAGCGUUCGGUGUAGAUACAAUAGCUAAGUGAUUUAGAAACUGUUUUCAGGAGUUAAAAAUAGGCCUGUAAGUACGUCAGCCAUGCUGCAACACUCAACUAGAAGAGUAAGGGCAGCGGGAUAUCUUUCAUUAGCCAUCCAUCGGCAGUGCAGUGCUUUUCUGGUAUGUUCCUAGCUACAUCACACCCCCAUUUACAGUGCUUAACUGAUCCAGACAAAGUUUACUGUGAGUUGUGUGGGUGGAAAUAUCCAUGUGAAUGCACGUUAUCAGUUCUGUUGGUGUUCAAGUUUCAAGAUUUAAUGUCACAUGCACAAGUACAGUGGAAUGCCUUUCUUGCAAGCUCUAACCCCAACAAUCAAUAACAAUGUAAUACUAAAAAUAACAAGGUAGAACAAAAACACACGUACUAUAUACAGGGUCAAUUCCAGUACCACAUUUACAAUGUGCAGGGAUACUGGAUCGAUAGAGGUAGAUAUGUGUAGGGGUAAGGUGACUAGACAUCAGGAUGAUAAACAGAGUAGCAGCAGCAUAUAUGAUGAUUGUAUGUGAGUGGGUGUGUGUAGAGUCAGUAAAUGUCUGUGCAUAUUAUGUGUGUGUUAGCAAAUUAUGGAGUAUGUGUUCACACUGGGUGACCAAAACACCAUGUGAUAGGAAACACUACUGUGUGGGAGCAAAGCGGAGCGACUGAAAUACAAUGCUGAAACUGAAAGUCAUGUUACACCCAUGUGCUUUUGUUUGGUGAGGAAACAUAAGACAGCAAUAAUUAUAUAGCCAGACCCUUAUUUUUCCCCAUUAACCUUGGACAAGUACACAUUAUGGCUGUACCUGCAGUCUAGAGAAACAAGCCAACAGAUCAGCAUGCUUUAUUACUCUCUCCUUGUGUUUUCACACUCCACCGCUCCUCUCUUCCUCUCCUCCUCCUCUCUUAUCCUCCACGCCCCAGCCCUAUUGGGAACCAAAAGCCUGGAAGAAUUACAGCGCGGGGAAAAAGAGUCUGUGUCAGCACACGGCACCAUGGGAUAGCUCUCAGUCUCACAGCAAGCCCCUCACUGUCACAAACACGCUGGAUACAUCCCAAAUAGCAUAUUCCCUAUAUAGCACACUGUAUAAAGUAGUGAAAUAGUCGUCAAAAGUAGUGCACUAUAAAGGGAAUACGGUGCCAUUUGGGACACAUCCACUGCCCAGCCUGAGCCAAAAUGGUUCCCUCAUUGAUUUGUAGUGUUAAUGCCCAGCCCCAAGGAAUGGAUUGAUUUAUAACAAGAUAAUAGAGUGUUUAGAGCUUGAACUGAAGGAAAUGUUUCUCAUUAUCUCUUUAGUAUCUUAAAGUGAUGCUCCAGAGCUUUUGUAUAAUUUCAGCCAGUAGUUUUGAAAGUAGUCCUCACGAGCCAAAAAUGGACCCCGGAAAUUGUGCACAAUUGUAUACUACAACAUCCUUGUAAUUUAUUUUUAAAAAUUAAAUUCGUACAAUAUGUUACGAAUUUGUAAGUGGUUAAGAUCCCGGACUGCCUCUUUAAGAUUGAAUAUCAUGUUGAUAUAUUGGGUAGUUAACAGUAUGUUGAUGUGUUAUAAUGGAGUUGAAUGGUUUUCAAUAUUUAUGUUUUUAAUUUGACAUAUGGUUUUUGUUUUUCCUAGAAGUUCAUGAUGUAUCAAUGUUCACAGUUGAGAGGAAGACAGGACAUCCCUUUAGAGAAUGGAGUUAUUCCAAGUCAAGAUCGCCGCCGUUAUUCAAACAUCCUAAUGUGCUACUGGAAGGAAUAACAUUUCCUCCUGAAAAUAUUGACUUUGACGUACGAAUGUAUGUAGUCAGCGACUUCUGUUCACUAUGAGGAUUCCAUUUCCCAAGUGUCUGUAUAUAAACAGAUUCUCUGGAUAACGUUUUGUCUCUCUCCUAGACAGAUUUUGAAUGUUUGCCCAGGCUUUUGAAUGUCGGGGAGAGUUUAAAGUGAACAGCUGCUUCAGUUUAAUGUUUUCAUCACUGAUAUUGUUUCUGUCACAUGAAAUCUGGAGUUCCGAUCACUGAAAUAAGCAACAACAUGAAUAUGUGAUGAGGUGGAGGCCUGCAUCCUAAAUAGCACCCUAUUCCCUUUAUAGUGCACUACUCUUUGACCAGGGUUGGCCACUAUAUAGGGAAUAGCAUGUAAUUUGGGACACAUAUGGGGACUAGUCUGCAGUACUGGAUGCUUCCUAUCCUGGAAGAUAUCAAUAUCCCACUUUAUGAUUUGAUGAUACUUCAUGCAAUGAAGCUUGAAGGUUGUUUCCUAUGGCUAGAUUUAUUGAGAAUUCCCUCAGAUAAAUGAUUAUAUAACAGAACAAUGCCUCUCAUUAUUUUAUUGGAUGCUUAGUUCUCUACUGAUGCUGUCGUUGAGACAUUAUGCUGUUUUCAGCUUAGCCCCAGAUGAAACUGUGUAUACUAAACAAGAGCAGUUGGCUAUGUCUGUUCGCGAUAUUCUGCAAAUAUUUUGUUCCAUUGCCCCAGGCAAGCUCAAUCAAACCCAGAUAAAGCAUUUGGCAUCAUUUCAAAUAGUAUUUGAACCCAGGUCUGAUCUGUAGAUGCAGUAUUUUAUGUCUAGACUGCGUUUUCAUAACAUCCAUAAUGUCUCAAUGUCUACAAUGGGAUCAUGCAUCAGUCUGCUGAUAAUGGAUUUUACAGGUUGUGUGUAUCUUCAGCCAUCUUCAGCCACAUUUGAAAAUGUCAUUAUGUAAUUCAGUUAGAGCACGGAGCCUGGAUCUUUCCCAAUCUGGCUGGUCCACUGGCGUUUAGGGUUAGGUCUCUGACUUAGACUAUAAUUUUAUAGUCAUGUGUAUAACCAUAAGGGUUUGUGAAUGCACCUAAGGACACGCACACUCACACACACACACUCACACACUUGUUUUUUCCUGCGUAGUACAUUCUUGGGCGCCCACUACCCUGCCCACUGCCACACCCAAGCCCCGUUUUGGCCCAGGAGAAACCAUGCACCCACACACACCAAUAGAAUAGUGCCACAGUACCUGUAUGUUGACCAAGCCUCUCUCGCUCUCUCUCCAGAGCAAACCAAAAGCAACCUAAAGGUAACCUCCCUGGAGGACUCCGAGCACCUGAGCAGGAGGCAGGGCCCCACGAAUGGGACCCCCACCCGGACCCAGGACCCCAAAGGUAACGGCAGUCGCACCGUCCCCCGCAGGCACACGUUAGGGGGGGCACGCAGCUCCCGAGAGAUCCUGGCCAUGCAGCCCUCGGACAUGGACAAGAAGAGGGAGGCCUUCCUGGAGCACCUGAAGCAGAAGUACCCUCACCAUGCCUCGGCCAUCAUGGGCCACCAGGAGAGGCUCAGGGAACAGGUUAGUGACGAACAGGUUAGUGACAGUGGAGAUAUUUCAUUACAUAUUUUUACUUGCGUGUCCUACUGGCGGUCUAAGCCACUGCCACCAGAAUACAUGUACCAGUGA